AUGGCUCAAGCUGUGGGACUUGGCAUGCGUACGUUUCUCCUGCGGCGUCCCGGUUACGUCAUUGACGGCGUCGUUUUGACGGGUGCCCUGGUUUUAGAAGCUUUUUACGAGAGGGAGGGAGGGGGGCUGCUUGUUGUGGUGAGUUUGUGGCGUGUUGUUAGGGUUGUAGAGAGUGCUUUUGAGUUGAGCGAUGAGGCCAUUGAAGCGCAGAUUCAAAGUGUUGUUUGCCAGUUUGAGAUGCUGAAGGAAGAGAACAGGAGACUCGCAGAGACCAUUAGUGAGCAGGAC